AUGGCAAUAGUACCGGGAAGGACAGCAACAAUUGCAUCCUUGAUGAUUAUUGUAUUGUGGUAUUGCUUAUGUACUCAGCACAGCAUUGAGGCGAGUAAGCCAGUCAUAGGAGUUGUAUCUACUGUUGGAACUGAAGAUAAUUUCAGGACUUUGUUUGAUUCUUAUCCAAACUAUUUUGGUUACAGCGGUUACUGGGGUAUUUUCAAUGGUUUUCAAUCAGGAACAAUCUUCUUUAAUGAAAAGACCAAAUUGGAUGGGUUGAAUCCGUCCUUCUUUGUGUGUUUGGUAUGGUAUGCAUGGUAUGGUCCCCCAAAUGAAAUUAUUGCAAAGGAAUGUAUCUAUUCAUCAAAACAAUUAGAAAUAUUCUCACCGACUGCAUCAGUAACCGGGCCUUUUGUUACUGUUAGAAAUGCAGGCUCGGUAGAGAUCACUCAGUUUGAACAGAAGAUAACAUUUCCACCAGGAUCAUUCAUUCUGAGAUUAUGCGUAGAUCCAGCACAACUAGCCAUUGGUGUUUAUGUUGUACAUUCCGCAGACAAGUUCGUUGCAUGGAGUAGUAUAACAAGUUUAGCUGACAACAUUCAGAAAAUAGAAAAUACAUUAAUUGUAGUUGGUUACGCUGAAUGCUCUAACUCACAGGAGAAUCCUGACAUAUUAACCUUUGAAGAUAAGUCCGUGUUGACUCUUCCAACUCAGUGUGACUUGACUCCUUUUGCUGCUCUUGUCACUGUCUCUCUUGAUUCAAUGACAUUGGGAAAAAAGCAAGUUCUACAACAAGGAGGGACUGGAACUUCAGUCAUAAAAAAGGUUAUCAAGUCAUCUGCUUCUUCCUUUUGGGUAUGUGGUAGUUUUCAUGGAGAAAUUACAUUUGGUGGUGAUCAAAUAUCGGCCAUCCAUCAAACUCCCUUCUUUAGUUAUUAUGAAAUUAACUCAACCAAUAUCCAACCUUUCAAAGUAAAACACACCACUACAAUUGCAAAUUAUCAAAACGAUGUUGAUGUAUACGAUAUGAAAAUAAUUACGGCUCAAGGAAAAGUUGAAAUCUACAUAGUUGGUUCUGUGGUCAUACCAACUGAAUCAAGAAAAUCAUUUUUAAUGUUCUACUUGAAGAAUGGUACUAACACCCCUACUGAAGCUAAAAAUCUAGUUAUUGAUGGUGAUGUAGUAUUUACAGGAAUAGAUACCAACAAAAAUGAUCAAGAAAUAAUCGUUUCUGGUCACUUUGCAGGUACAAUUCAAAUUGGUUCCACCAAGUUGACAAGUACUGGAGGACGGGAUAUUGUGAUUGCUGCUUUCAAAAGAACUACUUUAGAUGCUGUUUGGGCUAUUAAAGAAGGAGGCUCAAAAGAUGAUUAUUCUUAUGGAGUUAAGAAUAAUAAUAAUCAAUUCAUAUCAAUUUUUGGAACCCUUGGCUUAAAUCCAAAAUUUGAUGGUAAGAAUGUUUCUGUAUCAACAGCAUCAAAUGGAUUCGUUGCUUAUUUAACAGAUCCAAAUUAUUGUUAUGGAAUUGCUAGUAAUAGUGAGACUGUUUGUAAUGGUCAUGGUCAAUGUCAAGAAGAUGGCAGUUGCCUUUGUAGUUCAGGUUUUGGUGAUCAGUGUCAAUUCCCAACUUGUAACGAAAUACACUUUAACGAACCAAAUGUGUGUAAUGGAUAUGGUAACUGCACUUCUUAUGAUAAUUGUUCCUGUAAUGCUGGAUGGUCUGGUCAAUACUGUACAGAUUUUUUUACUUGUUAUUCAAUUGCCUCAUAUAAUAGCUCU